CGUGAUGUAAUGUGAGAAAAGGGAAAUAUAGGAUCGUCAGUUGUCCCCGCUUCCAUGAUGAUAUUCAUCUCUACUGGUUAUUAAAUGUUCUUACUGAGUGGUGUUUUGUCUACCUGGCUGAGAAAAAAAAUAAACAUCUGAUUUGUGGGACUAAUGUUUCUUUCCAUACCAACUUGGUAUAGCUCCGUGAAACACAUUAUCAAUUGUGAAUCUUAAGUUAGCUCUCGGACAGCAGUAAUUAGGGUAAAGGCUCUAGCUGUCCUACGCCUCUCGGAGAUAAAUAUCGUCAUUGUAAAUUAUCGUCGGAUUUUUUUCUUCACAUAAUGUGUUACAUUGACACGUUCUUCGCGUACCAUCUAUGCAUUCGAUUGAUCUCAUGAAGUAACGGGAUAAUUAUGAAUUUUGAGUUUUUGUAUAAUCUUACUCCUGCAUCGCACAAGAGCUGAGAAGAUCUUAUUCUCAUCGCCGAUCCAUUGAGGAAAUUAGAUCACGCUGUGGAUAUAAUUAGGUGGAUUAUUAUCGCUGCUUUUCUGUUUCUGUAUCAUUAAUGAGGCGGUCACUUGCAGAUUGAAUUAUUUAUAGCCUACUUUUCCAACUCAACAUCUGAUUCAUAGUUGAUUGAUGGUACUUAACAUUUGACUACGAAUCGUAUGCAUUUUUCAAUUGCGACAUAAAGAUUUCAUUGCCAGGAGCCACAUUUCAUCACUUCGUAUUAUAUCCGUGAAUAAAGUUCAAAUCAGUCAUGACUUCAGAGAAGCCCGCCGAUGCCCCAGAUAUGGGGGCACCCCCUCCCUACACCCCCGGAGAUGCGGGCCUUCCUCCCACUGGAACACCAUACCCCGCUCCACCACCAGGCUUUAAUCUUUCAGAUGAUCCUUAUCCAGCCUCAACCGCCUACCCACCCCAACCGGGUAUGCCACAACCCGGAGCAAACCCCUACAUGCAACAAACCGUCGUGCCACCAGCACCACAAACCAUCACCGUCACGGCCCACCAAGCCCCAAUGGUGGCCAUCGUCGACCAGUGCCCCAACUGCAAAGUCGGCAGCCUCCAAGAGCAGUUCACACCGUUCGGGAUCCUGUGCGCCAUCUUCUUUUUCCCUUUCGGGAUCCUCUGUUGCCUGAUGUCCCGCCAUAAGAUUUGCCCUGUCUGUGGAACCAUCUUUCACGGCCGUUAGCUGGUCUGCCAUGAGAACACUGAAAUAAAUUUGAGGAUCAUUUGUUUUUAAAGAGAAAAAAAGGGAGUUUAUUAUUCCUAAGAAGACGUCAUAGUAAUUAUCUUUGGAUAGGAAUUCGGAUGCUCUGAAUGCUAUGUAAAAAAAAGACUGGGGAAUUUUUGUUUACAGUUCACCGCUUUAUAUGUUUUCCUCUUCUCCUUGAUGAGAUUUAAUUGGGACCUCACCCCUUUUUAGUGGAACUUUUCAUAAGAUGGCCAGGCCCCUAAUCAGGAUAAAGAAACCACACACACGCGCGCACACACACACAGUUAACUCCGCAGCUGGAUCUCCCAUUGCGUUGUCGUGAAAUUUAACUUUAUUUAAGCAGUUACAACACACAAAAGACACCAGCUUAUCAACGUUACUAAAAGGCAUUACUUUUUCAGUGCCAUGGUAAUUUUUUAUGGAUGUGCAAAUUGAAUUUAGCAGGAAUUUCUGACAUACCUGUAAAAGAAUCGACGUUACUGAAAAUAGCGAUACAUAGUUAACAGAUUGAGGAAAGAAAAAUCCUCAUGUACAUUCAUUUGAUCACAUAUGUCUUUUAUGUCUUGCAUGAUUUAUUGAAAUUAAAUCAUAAUGUUAUGUACUAUUUUUGUCGGUUAGAAAUUAAUACUUAUUUGAUAUUACAUUGAAUAUGACAUGUCGUUUGAAGAAUGUCUAAGAUGUUAUCAAAAUUAUUUUUGAAUGAAAUGUCCAUGCCUGCAAUUAUUCUUUUUUCCUUAUAUUAAUGUGAUACACAGCUGACUGAUACACGAUUUGUCUCGCACAGAGUGGUUCAUUAUACAUUGCUUUUUAAUAUAUUUAGAUUAUUUUUGCAUUAUGAUGACCUAUAUCCGAUCAACUGGUCAAGAGCAUGAUGAAGGUGUAUUUUUAUGAUCAGACUGUCCUGUAUAUCUAGCGGGGGCGUCGGUCCAUGUUUCAAAUGGGAAACAGAAGUGGGGAAAAAAGGUCUACAACUUUCCAAAUCAUAAUGUUUAUGGUAUCUUAUCUCAUUUCAUUUCGUUUAUUUCCAUUUUCAACAAUUACAGUUUCUUUUGUACAUGUUGACAUCAUAACAAAACAUAUUUCAAAUAUGUUAUCCUGGCAUGUUACAUUAUAUUUAUUUCAAGUUGUCAAAAUUAUUAGGGGGUUCGCCCCCCGCCCCCCCCCCCCCCCCCCCGACCGACUCAUCUGAUAUCUAGUCAGAUAUUGGUCUACAGUACUCUGUUUAAUUUACAUGUAUAUCCUUAUGUCGACACUUACUGUUUUUACAGUAACUAAACAGGUAUUAAAUUUGAUAUAAUUCUAAAAAUAACAGUCCCAAUGAUAUACACGUACCUGUACUCUGUAAUUUUCGUUUCAAUUUCGAUGCUAUAGUCGGUGACAGUCAUCAAGUAUAAAUACUAAUAAUAGGACUAUCACUGAAAUAAUUAGUCGGUCAUGUGAUAUGAUGAAUUUAAAAAAUCUCUGUACAUCGAAGACUAAUUAAUGAAGUCACUGUAGUUGGUCUUGAAACAAUCGUAGAAGACGCAUGAAAUCGACUUUACAUGCCUAUCAUAUUUUAGAAAUGCUACAUUCAUAUUGUCCUGAAAAUGAUAUAUUGAGAAUUAUGUGAAUGUAGUGUAUACACAAUUUCUGUAUAUAUAGAUUAAGGAAAACCAUAUCAAUAUUUUAAUCUCACAUAAAAAUAUUUGUUGAUAGCGUAAGGAUCGUCUAUAACGAUUGUGACUGAAACUAAAAAAAAGACAAAUUGAAUUGUAUUAUUUUCUUAUUUUUAAAUCUCGUUUGGUGAUGAUUGUAUGAAAAAUAAGUAAUGUAUAACAUGCUGUCAAUUCUAUAAA